CUCUCUCUCUCUCUCUCUCUCUCCUCAGCUCUGCGCCCGCUUAAGGUAAGUGCCACACUAAUUGGUAUAGGCAAGUUUACAGAGAGAUCAUUGUUUUCUGAAGCGGUGAUUAAAGGGUGUUUAAGGUGUGAGCUGCCUCCCUGUUGGACACAGCAUGCACUACACUGGCUAUAGGAGACUUAGUUCCAUGAACGGUGCGCAUGGCGUGCGUAAGACGCAACUUGGCUUUUGUUUAGUGCGCGUCUUGGUUUGUUGGUGCUUACUGACUUGUUAAUUGUUUGUUUAAGAGUUGGAGCUCUUCAUCAUGGCGUUUUCCGACGGCUUGAACAGUGUUGGAGAUGAGAUAGCUCUUCAUCUGCUCAAUGACUCGCUUCUGAGCGGAAAUAUGAGCGCUUUGGACGAAGAGGAUGGCCUUCUGCCGGCAGGAGUUAAGAUCACUGUGGUUGCGCUUUACUGCAUCGUGUGUGUGGUGGGACUUGUGGGGAACUGCCUGGUCAUGUAUGUCAUCAUCAGGUAUACGAAGAUGAAGACGGCCACCAACAUCUAUAUCUUUAACCUGGCCCUAGCUGAUGCCCUUGUUCUGGCCACUCUACCUUUCCAAGGCACGGAUGUUCUACUAGGCUUCUGGCCCUUUGGCUUGGCUUUGUGCAAGAUGGUGGUGGCCAUUGACUAUUACAACAUGUUUACCAGCAUCUUCACUCUGACUGUUAUGAGUGUGAACCGUUACAUCGCCGUGUGCCACCCCGUGCGUUCGCUGGCAGUGCGUACACCCCAAAGAGCCAAGCUGGUCAAUGUGGCAGUGUGGGUACUGGCUUCUGCCAUAGGAGUGCCUGUUAUGAUCAUGGGAAAAGUGGAAGUGGAGUCCAAUGGUAUUGAGUGCAUGGUGGUGCUUCCUGAACCUCGAAGCUACUCUGAGCCUGUUUUCGGCAUCUGUGUGUUCCUUUUCUCUUUUUUAAUUCCAGUGGCUAUCAUUAGCAUCUGUUAUGGCUUGAUGGUGCGACGUCUGCGUAGUGUACGGCUCCUCUCCGGCUCCCGCAGCAAGGACAGGAACUUGCGAAGGAUCUCACAGAUGGUGCUGGCUGUGGUGGCUGCAUUUGUGCUCUGUUGGAUGCCUGUUCAGGUCCUUGCUCUGGUUCAGGCCUUGGGGAAGGUGGACCUGGGAGGCAGCCAAACCGCUGUAGCGGCAAUGCACUUCUGCAUUGCACUGGGUUACGCUAAUAGCAGUCUCAACCCUGUGCUCUAUGCCUUCCUGGAUGAAAAUUUUAAACGCUGCUUCCGUGAGUUCUGUGUGCAAACCAACACAGAUGUGGAACUGGAACCACAGCAGAGGAAAUCAGUGAGGAAGGAGGAACAAGAGAAACAAGAGUUCAUACAAGGAAAUGGAGUGGUUAAUGAAACUGGUGCUAUUCCCAGGUGUGAGGAGUAGAACUGUAACAUGGACUUGAUAAUAAAGGUGCUCUAUGUGAAUGCUCACAGCCUUGAACCAUUCUAUAGAGCUUGUGCUGUAAAAUUAGCUUGUCAGCAAAUUUUGUUGCAAUUUCACUAUCUGUGUUUUGCUGUGUUGUUUAGCUAUGGGACUAAAUAACAGUAAACUGCCUCAUGGCUUGGGACAAAAGGGCUUAUUCUAUAUCUUUUUAUACCACAAUCACUGAAACACUAAUUUAUGUGAAUUUAAGUGAACGUACCUUGCAUCUAGACCCACUGACUUUUCUUUGUUUUAUAUAUAAGAGCACAAGUAGGUAUACAAUUACUUAUUGAUCUGUUGCUAUGCACAAUUUGUCAACCCCACCUCUACCUAGUCCAUAAAGCAAAAAUAUCACACAGAUGAAGGGCUAGAGGAUGAUUAACGCAAUUUAGGCAUGGACAAAGCAUCUAUAGUUAAAUAAUAUCAGGGUAGAGGGGUGCUAACAAAGUUGGUAUUUUCACAUUUACAACAUACAUAUAUGGUAGAUGUAACUGAUUAAAUGGCCAAUAAAUGUAGGUACAUUGGAGGUGUACCUAAUAAACAGGUAGCGCAUUAUAAUACCAACCCCUUUACAGUUUUUUAACCAGCAUGGAUUUUUGUUGUAAUGUUGACUUUUAUUCUGAACAUGUAAAAAGUUAAAAUCCUAAUGUAAAUAACUGACAUGUAUCACACUGUAAUAAUAUCCCUCCCUACUUAACUACAAAUACAUCUCAAAUUUGUCUAGAAAAAUACUAUAUGAAUGUACAUGUUUGUUUGUAAUUAUUAAAUGUCUGCAUAUGA